AUGAAUGAGCUUAUCGCCAGAGCCAGAGAUGAGGCAAAGUCGGCAGAUGAAAAUGGCCGCAAGCAGCUACUCGAUUCGCUACGGAACCUCUCCUACGAAAUCGAAACUCCACAGGACACAAUGCAGCGAAUCAUGUUUCUGCAUGUGCAGACUACGGUGAUCCGAAUCGCAUAUGAUCUCAGAUUGUUCAAGAUCUUCGUGGAGAAACAAGGAUCAACGACAGUCACAGCUCUUGCGGAGGAGACCAAAGCCACGAUUGGUCUCAUGGGACGGAUCCUACGCUACCUCUCAUCUGUAGGCUGCAUAAAGGAAGUAGAGAAGGAUACCUUCGAGGCGAACAACAUCACGCAGGCACUUGCGAUGGAUGGAGUUCAGGGCGGCGUGCACCAUCUAUUUGACACUUUUGGUCCGGUCCUCCAGAUCCUUCCAGACUUCCUGAAGGAGAACAAAUAUCACGAGAUCGCUGAUGUUGCUAAUACACCGCUCCAAAAGGCGUUUAAUACUAACCUGCCUGCUUUCUUGUGGAUUCAGACCGCGCCCAGUAACUUCGCACACUUUAAUAAUUGGAUGACGGUUCAGCAUAUGGGCAUGCCGAUUUGGCUCGACAUAUAUCCCUAUCAAGAUAAGGCUCAGGCAAUAGAGGGGGAUGUGGAGCGGACCUUCUUUGUCGACGUUGGAGGUGGGCUUGGGCACCAAAGUAUUGCGCUUCGUAGUGAGGUGCCGAAUCUGAAGAACAGGAUCCUGCUUCAGGAGCAACCGAUGGUUCUCGAAUUUGCGAUCGAACAUCCUGGAGUUGAGAAGAUGCCCUACGAUUUCUUUACUGAGCAGCCGAUUAAAGGUGCCAAAAUAUACUACCUUCGCAACAUUAUCCACGACUAUCCCGACGAGAAAGCUAUUGUCAUCUUGAAGAAUCUAGCCGCGGCACUUGCAGAAGACUCAGUCAUUUUGAUUGAUGAUAUGGUCAUCCCCGACGUCGGUGCCCACUGGCAUGCGACACAGCUAGACAUUGCCUUGAUGGCCGGUUUAGCAUCCGUGGAGAGGACGAGGGAAGCAUGGUAUGAACUGAUCGAGAAGGCAGGGCUCAAGAUCAAUCAGAUCUACACCUACACGGCAAGCCUAAGGGAUAGCAUCAUCGAGUGCGUCAAGGAGUAG